UUUCGUAUUCACCACUGACUGGGAUAUAAAAGCAGUUGAGCAUCACUACAACCAUUCAAAGUGAUUUUUGUUACUGACCGCAGUGCAACAAACACACACCAACCAACCAGUCAACAAGCCAUUUCUUACAAAUCUUUGGAAAAGAAGAAAAAAAAAAACGCCUAAUUCUGGUCUUAUUGUGUGUGUGGUGCAAGUAGUUGAAUUGCUCAAAAUAAAAGAAACAUUUUUGAAAUUGUGAUAUUUUUGUUUUUGUUUUUUUUUUUUUUUUUUUUUUUCUUUUAAACAAAACACAUAUUUUGUUUGGUUGUGUUUUAAUUGACCCAAAAACAUAGAUAGCAAGUGAGCUAAUUUUAAGCCAUGAAGUUCCAUUUAGUAAUUUUAUCCGCCCUAUUGGCGAGUGCUCUUACUCUUCCCGUACCCGAUGAGGAAGUGUCGCCCGUUCAGACGGUACCCGAAGUUAAAUCUGAAGUAGUACAAACAUCUGAAGAUAAAGUGGCAGAGGUGAUUAUGCCUGAAUCACGUUCGGUCGGCGAGAAGGAUGCACAGACGCAUGCUAAAUCUUUCGAAGAGAAGAAACCGGAGUUGCCUGCCAGCAGUCUCGACGCUGAAUUAUCACCCCAAGCCGUGCCGGAAAAGAAAGAAGAACAAAAACCUGAGAAAAAACAGGAGGAAAGAAAAGAAGAAAAGCUACAAAAGCCGCAACCACAGCAACCAGAACAGAAGUUAGAGAAAAAGAAACAAGAGUCUUUAGAGAAACAGAACCGUAGCGAAGAAGUUGUUGAAGAGGCCAAAGCUUUGCCUGUAGUACACGCUCCGGUUUCAGCUGUAGAGCAUGAGCAAAAACAAUUUGUUGAUGAAGUUAAGCCGGCUGUACAUGAAACGCGUUCAGAAAGCCAAUCGGCGGCUUUUGUUGAAGCAAUCGUGCCAGCUGAGCAGAAAAAAGAGGAGCUUUCAGUAGCUGAAUCACAAGCUGAAAUCAAAACUGAACUACCUGCCGGCAGCCCAAUUGCCUUGGCCGAAGAAAAGCGAGAAGAAACUUCGACACGCCAAGAACGCACUGCCGAAGAGAAACAUCAAGAGGCCGCUCAAGAACCAGCACCAGCAUCAGCCGUCGCGCCAGUCUCUGUUUAUGCUGAACAUUCGACUGAUGUGAAAAGCCUCAAAUCUGAAGAUCCUGUAGCUCAAGAGUCUAAACACGGGGGUGAGGUUGUAGCUCCUGAAGGUAAAUCCCUUGCCAGUUCUGAAAAGAAAGCUGAAGAGCAACCACAGCCGCCAGCAAGCGAACAAAUAGAAUUGAAACAAGAAGAAAAACCAAAGGAGAAACAUGAAGGUGCCAUUAGUGUAGAAGGCAAAAAGUUCGCUGAAGAGCAUGUUGAACAUGAGCACGCUCAUGCUCAUACCCCUGUUGCAGUCGCUGCUGCUGCCGCCUCCUUUUCUGAUGAAGGAAGUGCCCAUGAAACAGAAAAAAAAUACGAAGGACAAGUUUUGAAAAAACUUGAGGAUACCUCGGCCACUACCGAAGAAGAUAAGUCCCAGGAAAUAAAUAAGAAACCCAGCGAAGAGUCCAAGGAAUCGGAAGAAUCCAAGGAAUCAGAGGAAUCCAAGGAAAUUAAGAAAAAUUAGAAUUGAGUCUUAGGCUUAAGUCGCAGGCAACACACCUAACCUCUAAAUGUUACUAACAUCUAAACCAUAUUGGAAAUAACCCCGAAAAUCCUCGCACCUAAAGCCUCUCUUCCUUCUCCUUAUCCUUCUUCCCCUGCCAUCUCUCGUUCAAAUGCAAUUGUGCAUUAGGAUGACAAAUAAACUCUUAACUUUAACUAGUUAGUUAUUAUGUAGUUGUAUACAAAUAAAGAAUCGCUUAAAAAGACGGAUAAAAUGAAGAGGAAAAGAAAAAAGCUACAAAACUCACAGAAAAACAAAUGACAAAACUUUUACUAUUAUACAAAUCUAUAGAAGUUACGAAAUCUAAUAAAAAGAUUAAAAGAGAGUAGUAGUACUAGUAGUAGUAAUAGUAGUAGUAGUAGACAAUAAGAUAAUACAUAAUCAUUUUCGCAGCAACAACAAUAGUAAGAAUAUAACUAUAACAAUAAAGCGAAUUCACUUAUAAACCAAUCCACCCACAACUUGAACUACAAUAGUAAUUUAUGUUUAUUAGUGACUUCUAGAAUAGUAGUACAGUGAUAUACUUUUUAUAUGCAACAGAAAUGCCCACGCACCCCUUCCUCUUAAUAUAGACUCUCCUAUUCUCACAAACACCAACACUUUAUAUAUAUAUAUAUAUAUAUAUAUAUAUGCAUACACUUACUCACACUCACUCACACUCGCUCACAUUACAACUAACUAUACACCUUGACACACGCCUACGUACACUAAUGAAAGAAAACAAUUUCAAUUAAAAGCACAAACAAUAAAACAGUUGAUCAACUGACAACAGCAGCAGCAGCAACAACAAUGAUAAGAACAACAAGGACAAACCGUUAUGAUGGCAUAUACAUGUAGAAAAAAAACAGAAGAAGAAAAAAAAAAAAACCACAAUAUACUUAUAAUUAUAAUUCUUAUUAUUCCAAUUUGUCUCAUAUGCAUACAUAUUUAUAGAAAAAAUAAUUUGCAUAAA